AUGUUGGCCGAUGACAUAUCUCUCAGUAAAUCGCGCCGACUUUUCGUGACAGAUGAAUCUUCCAGGACCAGGUUCCUCAUUGACACAGGUGCGGAUCUAUGCGUGGUUUCGCGAAUACAACUUCCUGAACCUCGUGCAAAAUCAUCGUAUGAACUUUUCGCGGGCAACAGAACCAUCAUCGGUUUGCGCCGUCAAUUCACCUGGAGAUUCGUCAUCGCCGACGUCGAGAAACCUAUCAUCGGUGCUGACUUCCUGGCACACUAUGGACUCCUGGUGGACCUUCAAAAACAACGUCUCCUUGACCAAGCAACUCAUUUUACCUCCCACGGAGAGGUGAUUGAGUGCGAGGUUCCCAGUAUUAAAACCGUCACUGGGAGGUCACAUUUUCACGAUCUUCUUCAACGGUUUCCUGAGAAAACACGUCCAGAUGGAACCACAAGGACUGUCCAGCACUCUACGAGACAUCACAUCCUGACAACACCCGGACCACCUGUGGCGUAG